AUGGCUCGUUCAGUGGUAUCAAGGGUCAGCAGCGCCCUCAAGGUCGAAGAAAGUGCCACCGAGACGACUGGUACCAAGUCGUACGGCAAAUGGUCCAAUGUUGAUCUCGAGCCUACGCCGCCAACUCAGCGUAACUGGUCGGGCUGGUACUUCUUCGCUUUCCAAUUCAGCGUAGCCUUCUCGCCAACGACCUACAACAUCGGUUCGUCUCUAUACGCCGUCGGCCUGAACUGGUGGCUCAUUACCAUCUCCGCCUUCGUGGGAACCGGUCUUUGCUGCAUUGUCCUGUUCCUCAAUUCGAGGGGCCCGGCAUGGUACCACAUUGGUUAUCCCGUCUACAUGCGGGUGGCAGCUGGAAUCUAUGGCUCGCUCUGGUUCAUCUUUCUCCGAAUGGCUGUGGCAAUGUUCUACGAAGGCACACAAACAUACUACGCCUCACGGCAGCUGGAUGUCGCUCUGCGGUGCAUCUUCGGCCAUCAGUGGACAGACAUCCCCAAUCGACUGCCUGCGUCCGCCGGCAUCACCUCAUCGCAGAUGAUUGCUUUCUUCCUCACGUGGCUGCUCCAAUUUCCCCUCGCCUGGCUGCAUCCUUCCAAGGCAGGCCCCCUUUUCGCCGUCAAGUCUGUGCUCUCCCCAACAGCCUACCUAGUCACCAUGAUCUGGGCUCUGGUCAAAUUCGGAGGCGUUGACCUGCAGCUUUCCGACGCAGAAGCAUCCAAUCUGGGCUGGUCAUUCAUGCGCGCCAUCAACACCGUCGUCAGCGGAGUCGUGCCGCCGAUGGUGAACAUUGCUGAUCUGGCCCGAUACGCAAAUCACCCUCGUGACGUCUGGCCGUUGACCUUUGGUCUCUUCAUCAGCAAGCCGCUGGUCAUUCUAAUUGGUCUUUUUACAACAGCAGCUGGCAAGAAGCGAUUCGGAGUCGCAAACUGGAAUCAGUGGGAUUUCUACUCCCUGGUACUCGACAACUACUGGGGCCCUGGAACACGCACCCUCGUCUUCCUUGGGUCGUUCAUCCAAUGUUUUGCGACCAUCGUGACCAAUGUGUCCAGCAACGCCAUUCCCAUCGGCUGCGAUUUAACGGGCUUGUUUCCAAAGUAUUUCACCAUCGUGCGCGGACAGAUCCUAUGCAACGUCCUGAUAUGGGCUGUGGUGCCUUGGCUGCUCGUCAACUCGGCUGCAAACUUUCUCACCUUCCUGGGAUCGUACCUCUGCUUUAUCAGCCCGGUUCUAGCGUCGAUGAUCGUCGAUUACUGGUACGCUCGCCGUGGUAACAUCCACGUGCCGUCACUGUACCGCCCCGACGACAGCUCUCCAUACCACUACUACAAAGGCUUUAAUUUCCGCAUCUACAUCGCGUGGCUGGCAGGCGUCGUCCUUGUCAUCUCUGGCAUCUCCGGCGCGAUCAACCCGGGCUCCAUCAGCCAAACAGCAGUCAAUAUAUACAACACGGGCUUUCUCCUCUCCUUUGCUGCUGGUGGCACGGUCUACUUUAUUCUCUGUAAGCUGUUUCCCAUCGAGGUCUAUCCCGCUGGCCGUGAGCAUGAGAGCAAGCGUUGGGAGCGCAUGGUCCCUACUGAGGGCUUCUUCCCCGAUGACGACCCGAUGCCUGAAUACUUGAGCGAGAAGAUCAUGCUGGGAGAAGAGCCGAUGACGGUGGAGAGCGCGCGGCCGGUCGAGAAGAGCUGA